AUGUGGUGGAAAAGAGCAUUGGAAUUUACGUUUUAUUUUGUUCAGAUUAACUUUGGAAAUCCUCCGAGGCCAUAUUUUCUCGAUCCCGACACGGGCAGCGAUCUCACGUGGCUACAAUGUGAUGCCCCGUGUGUUCGUUGCUCAACCGGAUUUCACCCACUUUAUCGACCGAGCAAUAAUCUUGUUGUAUGUAGAGAUCCUCUUUGUGCUUCCCGUCACACCAACGAUUAUUACACGUGCAAUAACCCACAACAAUGUGAUUAUCUAGUCGAGUAUGCAGAUGGAGGCUCGUUUCUUGGGGUGCUCGUUAAUGACUUUUUUACCCUUAAUUUCAUCAAUGGUGUUCUCAUGAGCCCUCGUUUGACUAUUGGGUAA